CUUUUGCGAUUGCGCAGUAUCAAAAAGAGAUAUCCUGCGUUUUAUUUCAGUAUUUUACUAUUGAAUGGUGGUAGUUGUUUACACUCUUUGUGUUUUGGUAAUAUGGCAGUUAGUAUUGAUGAUCAACUUUCUAAUCAAGAAUUAAAAUUUCCUGCCAAUAAUGACACAGAAAAAAAUUGCGAUGAUAGUUCUCGUUAUGGCAAUACUGUAGCAAAAUCUGAAAAAAGAGAACGCCGUAAGCCAGAGUUACAGAUAUAUAAACCAGGUAGAGGUUUGCAAAAUAAAAGCUCAAAAGCUGAAGAUGAUAAGAAAUCUAACUUAGAAAGCAUAAGUAAUCCUAGAAAUGAUUCUCCUAGUUCUGAAAGUCCUCCUAAUUUUGCUGAGGAAAAAUCAAGUAGUGUAUGUGAGUCUGUGAAAUCUACUAAAAUCUCAAAAAGUAGAAGACCAGACAUUCAAGUUUAUAUGCCUAAAGCUAAGCUCAAUGCCUCAAGACUCAAUGAAAGACCGAGCUCAUCUAUGAAUGAUUCUUCCUCUAAAUAUGAAGAGGAGGAUGGUGAGGUUUCAUGGAAAAAAUCCAGUUCUCAUUGUGAUAGACACAAGUCAAUGGAUGCGAAAGUUAAAACGCAGUCAGUAAAAACAGAAUCCAAUGGGAUUAAAAGUAGUAAACCCCAAUCGAGUAAAGACUCUGAAUCUCCUGUGAAUACAAAAUCUUGGGCAGAUUGUGUGGAAGAGCACUUAUCCAAUUCUAGAUCUUCACCAGAGGAUCAAUUAUGCAAUGGUUACUCUGACAGUAAUGUGCAUCUACAUUUAUCUAAUGCUUUCAGUGAUAAAAAGAUUGAACAUUAUACUAAAGCAAAUCACAAAUCAGGUAGAGAUGAUCAAAGAUGGCAUAGAAAUAAGAAAGGAAAUAAACAAAGAGAAAUUUCAGUGACAAAUGUGGGUGAAAAAAGUAAACACAAUGAUGUCACUAAGAAUUUAUCAGCAAAGGAUUCUGCUAAUCAAAAACAAACUGAUAUUUCUACUAGGAAUCUUCCUGGAAAAGAUUCAAACAGUCAGAAACAGAUGGAUAAUAUAUCUACAAGAAACCUCUCUGGGAAAGAUUCAAAUAGUCAAAAACAGUGUGAAAUGUCUUCGAGGAGAUAUUCCAGUAAGGAUUCAACUGUUCAGAAACAGUCUGAUACUUCUACGAGGAAUCUACCUGGAAAAGAUUUGUAUAAUCAGAAACAAUCUGAUAUGCCUGGAAAAGAUUCAAAUUGUCAAAAACAGUCGAAUAUAUCUACAAGGAAUCUAUCUGGUAAAGAUUCAAAUAUCCAUAGACAGUAUGAUACGAGAAAUUUACCAGGAAAAGAUUCUGUUCCGCAGAAACAAUCUGAUAUGUCUUCAAGGAAUCUAUCUAGUAGAGAUUCGAAUGCUCAUAAACAAUCUGAUACAUCAUUAGGAAGAAUAAACAAGUCAUUAGAUAAUGCAGCUCGUUUGAAAGAAAAGAAAACUAACACAAAUUCCUUAGAUAGAGGAAAAAUGAAACAAAGAGAAAAUUCAGUAACAAAUAUAGAUAAUAAAGGUUAUGUGUCUGAAUUUAAUGAUUCCAGUAAUGUAAAUUUACAUGAUGUAAAACAGGAAAGAAAGAAGCACGAUAAAGAUUUUGUUAUUCCACCACGUUUUCAGAAACAGAAGCUGCAAAACUCAGAUUCCAGCUCUUCUGUUCAAAGUAGAUGUGGCGGUAUUUUGAAGUUGCCUGUAGAUCAUGAUCAUAUUGAUCCUCCUUUGGAGAUGUUGGAAAAACUGCAUAUUCCGAAAGUAUAUCCCGAACCUCCAAAAAUGUUCAUUCCUAAACUGUUGUUUGAUCCUAACAAUCCUAGUAAACCUGAGAUUGUCAACAUUCCUGCACCAAUACCACCUCCUCAUGUGCCAUAUCCUAAAGUGAAUCAUAUGCUGUACGCAUCAGACUCUCUGAAUUCCCACUAUAUUUCUGCUCCAGUGGAGGCCGGGCCUUAUAUCCCACCACCUCAACCGCCUAAAGCAAACCCACAUUACCAGUUUAUGCAACCUGGUAAUAUCUGUGCCAACAAUGUUCUAAAUGGUUAUUUAGAUAUGAGUGGAAGUAGUCCUCCAAUUCAUGCUCCACAGAUGAAUGGUAUUUAUCCAACUCCUCAUUCUUACUCAGAUGUUGUUCCUGUCAACCAAGCUAAGAGGAGAUUGAAACCCAUUGUUGAAAAGAAUUUGCAUGAGAUUGUGAUGCUAGAAAAAGAACUCACUUCUGUCUUGGCAAAAGGUUUAAUGCAUAAUUUGAAUGGCUUGAAGCAAUGCAGAUGGAAGUUGCAGCUUCGAUAUGAGAAUAUAAUUUUGGCCGAUCCCAAAUAUUGUGCUGAAAAGAAUCCUGAGCAAACUCUCUGGAAGACAGUUUAUCACCAUAUAAUUGAAACUUAUAGAAAACAAUUGGAAGAUAAUCCGAAUAAUUCUGAAGAGAUCAAGGAAACUCUUUUGAAUAUUAUUUUAGAGGUAUACCAUACCUGUGGUUUCUUAAACUAUUUUUCCUGUUGCAUAUACAGAAAAGAAAAAAACAUUCAUGCAACAGCCUGUUUGAACUUAGGGUCAUGGAAGUUUAGGCUCCACAUUUUUGUGACCAAUGGCAUGAAUGCAACAAUUUUCUCAGCAUUGUGCACAGGUCGCCUUUACUUCCUAGACAAUCUGGUACCCAUUGAGCUGAAACUGGGUGGGCGUGAAGCUGCCACUGGGGAUCGAUUACCAGUUUUUCCCUAUGACAUUAAUAGGAACAAUUUUUCAAUUCAAUUUUUUAAAACAAAAUGUCNAAAUCUAAUUUAUUUAGGGGAUCUUGCUCGUUAUAAAGAACAAAUUUCACAGACCUCAAACUAUGGAAAAGCUCGAAGUUGGUACUUGAAAGCACAACAGAUAGCUCCAAAGAAUGGAAAGCCGUAUCACCAGUUAGCUCUACUUGCCUUAAAUACAAGACGGAGGCUGGAUGCUGUUUAUUAUUAUAUGAGAAGUUUGGCUGCUAGCAAUCCUUUUCUCUCUGCUAAAGAAAGCCUUUUAUCGUUGUUUGAAGAAGCUAAAAGAAAGUAUGAGAGUUAUGAGAAGAAAAGAGUACACGAGAAUACUGAAACAGAGGUCUUUGAGGAUCAGGCAACAGAGCGUUAUGAAGUUUGGAUCAAGAAUGAUGGUUCCAGUACAGAGCGUCCUGCUGAAGUGGGAAAUACUAUUGACGCAUGCGAUUUGAAGAAAUUAACUGAUGUUGAGUUAAACAAGAGAUUUGUAACUAGCUUUUUACAUGUUCAUGGCAAACUGUUUACAAAAGUUGGAAUGGAAUCAUUUCCUGAUACCUUGAAUAAUAUGCUGAAAGAAUUUUAUUUCCUUCUCCAAAGAUCUCCAUUACCAUUGAACUCAGCUCGACUUCUACAAUUGUUAGCUAUUAACAUUUUUUCUGUCACAAACUCAGCCUUAAAAGAGCAUGGCCGAGAGCAAGGAGGGAGGUCCUUAUUACAGGAACAAGCACUGUACUCAAGUAUGGCCAUGAUGUGUCUGUUAAUGGAUAGAUGCUGCUUACUGCAUGUUGCCCACAAAUCACUCCCUGAAUACUCCAGUAACAUCAUAUCAGAUGAUUUUGGUCUGUUAUUGCCAUCAAUUAAAAUCUGGACGGAUUGGAUGUCCUGUCAAAGGUAUUUGUGGCCUCCCCCUUCUUCGCAGCUUGUAAAAGAGAUAAAUGUUCAGGUGAACAACAAUAUAUGGGUUUCAUUUGCUAAUCUAUUGUCCGUUCUACAAGAAAUAGACAUAACUAAUCCAGUCAUUGUAACUCAUAAUGCUAGUAAUAGUGAAUGUAUAAUAUUAGAAGAAGAUAUUACUUUUGCUGGUUUUGUUCCUCUUUUGGGCUCUAUUCAGAAUCCUGCUUAUGCAAUUCUUCCUUAUGAUAAAGAUAAAGCUAGGCACUGUUUAAGAAUAAGCAAAAUACAGUUUUUUGGGGAUUAUUUGUGUGGAGUGUCUCCUCCUUAUUUAGAAUUUGAUGUUGGAGCUAAAUGUUUUGUAGCUUUACUUGAGAACUUAUCUUAUGAAGAAACUUAUGAACGGAGUGUUUUACUGUCCUCAGAGGAUUCAUUUAGAGAAGAGCAUUUGAAUGAUAAAUUGCAAGAGGACUCAAUUAGUAGAACAUCAGUCAGCAAUGAGCUUUCAGAUCUCUGGUCUCGCAAGGAAGCACUCAGCAAAGCUAGGGAAGAGCAACAAAAAUACCAAGCUCGGGUUCAAGCUGUAUUGCACAAGCACCAGUGUCAGCGUCCUAUUGUUCUUAAAAUUAAACCUAGAUACCUGGUUCCUGAUACAAAUUGCUUCAUCGACCAUCUCAAGCUCUUUAAAAAUAUUUUGGCUUCUACUGAUUUUCAUUUAAUUAUUCCUUUAGUUGUGAUCAAUGAACUGGAUGGUUUGGCCAGAGGUUCAAGAGGUAGUGAACAUUCCAGUCGUGUGACAGCUCUUUCUCGGGAAACUAUUCUUUUCCUUGAACAACAAUUUGCCUCUAGGCAUCCUCAUCUGAGAGCAAUUACUUCAAAGGGAUCCAUAUUAGACACCAUCAGUUUCAGAAGUGAAGAGAUGGGUCAAAACAAGGGCACAAAUGAUGAUCUCAUUUUAACUUGUUGUUUGUUUUACUGCAAAGAUAGAGCUGAAAAUUUUAUGCCUAAAAAUCCAGAUGAUCCCAUCACCUUGUUCCGGGAAGUAGUCUUAUUGACAGAUGACCGAAAUCUGAGAGUAAAGGCCCUAGCCCAUCAUGUACCUGUUAGAGAUCUUCUCUCUUUCCUUCAGUGGACUAACUCUUGAAGGAAACUAAAGAUCACUGCCUCUCAAGAAUAGUCUCCAAAUACACGCUUUAAGGUGGUGUCAAGCUACAGUGGAUGAAGCUGUUAAGGAAACCAUCAUUCUCCAAAGGAUGUGACAAUGUUGUCAUUGAAAACCUAAGAUCUUCUGAAAGCUGUACUAAUAAAUACAGUGUGCAGCAAAAGUCAAAAAUAGAUUUCUCAAUGUAAACUGAAUUCUUUUUUUUUAAAUAUAAAUUAUGAGAAUUAACUUGUUAUUCAUAAUUUAAUGUGUUAUGUAGCUAUUCAUUAUAAUAAGACUUGACUGAAUGUUUUUCACCUGACAGUAUUUUUUUUUUUAAUAAAAUAUUAUCUGGGAUAGUAUUUUUUGAGAUGUGUGCCAAAUUCAGAAAUUUUGUGACUUCUAUAAUAUUUGUGCUGCUUAUGAAUUUUUUUGCAGUUUGAUUGUGAGAGAAAAAAAUAUUAAGUUUAAUUUUUAAUGUUUAAAUUUAUGUUUUCCUCAAAAAUUUAAUUUGUAGUAUUCAUUAAAUACAAAAAAAAUUUUUUUUCAAUUAAGUUUUGUAAUUAUAAGAGUUAUUAAUGAUUGAGAAAAGAAAAACCAAUUUCUCACUAUUACAAUGCAGAACUAUACUCUCAAAAUUUUCCAGUGUUUCUUUACUUACAACUUGUUUUGCGUUUUUAAAAAAUUACUUGAUGUUGCAAAAAUUUGUUAAUAAAAUUUCCAUAAUUUUACUCAUUAAAUAUUAUACUUUUUCUUGAAAUUCGUUCAAGUUUUUCUUUUCAUCUGUAAAUUUUUGUCUAAAGAGCUUUGGUAAUUUUUACCAAUAUUACCAUUUGAAUUAAUUUCUUCCGGAAAGAAAAGUAAGGAGCUAAACAAAAAAAUCAUUAGCUUUUUGUUUUCUGUUAAAUUCAUUUAAAAAAUAGAAAUAAAUUCCUCUUUAAUUUUUAACUAAUAAAUCUUAUAACAUAAAAAAUAUUUUUAAAGGUUUAAAUAAAAAUAGAAAAUCCUCUUUCAGAACUUUUAGUUUUAUUUUAAUGCUUAAUCAGUUAUGUCAUUUUCAUGCUAAACUUAUUGUUGACUUAACCUAAUUAGAUAAUAUUCAAGUAAACUUCACUUAUAUAUGACAAAUUUUUACCCAUUCAUGAAACGUUUGGGAAAACACUUAAUCUAAAAUGGUUUUUACCAAUCUAAAAAGGUUUUUACCAUAUAACACAAUAUUCGACACAAUUUUUUAAAGAUGGGUAACAAUUUCAGUUUAUUUCAAAGGUAAGAUGGUUGCUAAAUAAUGUUACACAGAGACUUUUAAGUUCUCUAUCUAUGUGAUGACAUUGUGGCACUACCUACCAACUUAUCACUGAUUCACUUUUUGUUACCAAGACUUAAGUGUGAAAAUUUUAAAGGUUCUCAGAGCAGCAGUCAAAAUUUGAGAAACAUUGAUCUAACUAGAAUAAAUGAACUAAAGUAUCAUAUACAGCAACGGUGUUUGCUAAAUGAGAACAAAGUAUAAAUAAGUACAAAACUAAAUCUAGUCUGCAAUGAUUUUAAAAAUUGCUUUAGAAUUAUUCAACCAAAUAUAAGUAGUUUAAAAAAAAGUUAAGUUAGAAAUUUGGUUCGACAAAUGUCAAUGUCUAUUUUCUGCACUUUAAUAGAUUUCAUUACAUAUAUAGUUUUUAUUGUAAUUAUUUUGUUUAUUUUAAGAUUAAGCAUUUUAAGUAUUAAUAAUGCUUAUUUGUGUUAACCAUUGUGGUACAGGGACCAAAAAAGAAAAAAAAAAUUUAGUGUUUUUUUUAAAUAUGUAACUAAUAUUUUGUGGCUUAAAAAAAGUGGUUUCUUAAACUAAACCAUAUUUUAGUAAAACAUAACUAUUAUUUUCCUGUUAUUAAGACAAUGUGCUGUGAUUUAAUUAAAGUAUCUAAUUAUUGUACAACAUGUAAUUAUUAUAAACAUUUUUGCACAUACAAAUAAUCCAACUUCUUAUUUUAAUAUUUAUGAAAAAUUUGGAUUUGCUUUUUGUAAAUUGUAAGACUAACAAAACACAUUGUGCAACAAAUUUGAAUGUUUUUUCAGCCCUUUAGCUGAAACUAUGUUAUUUUGCUUAAACAAAAAAGUGCUUUGUCAUUUUUCAUUGUUUUUUUUUAAUGAUACUUGUUGGGUUGAACAUUUGCUUAAUUUAGGUUUAACAAAAAAAUUGUUUAUGAAACCACUUUUAGCAUUUUAAGGAGAAAAUUCCUUUUAUAGAAAAUGAAAAUACCCGUAACGUUCUGGCAUACCUAAUGAUCCGGAAAAAAUUCUGUAGUGAUUUGUUUAUUCUCACAAAUAAAAGCAUUAAAAACUUAAUGUAAACCAUGUUUCAUGUUUUGUUAGCUUUAUAUUAAUUAUUGCCAUAUUUAUAAAUUUGCUUAAAUUUCUACUAGAAUUGUAAAAGUAUUGAAUCGCCUAAAUACUGACAAAGAAGGGAAAGUUAUAAUGUUUUGUUACAUUUGUAUAUUUGCUAGUAAAUUAAAUUAAGACUGAUUUUUAAAAAUGUAAGCAUAUUAAAGGAAAAUGGCAAAUUAAAACUAGUACUAAGGUGCUUUUUUGUAGUUUUCUUUAUAGAAAUGAUUUUGAGUGUGUUUUUAAGAGUACUUUGUGUUUUUUAUUUUUGUAUAAGAGAAAAAACAUCCUUUGUAAUUAUUUUUUUUAGUUUUUUGGUAUAGAAAAAGUUGUAGUUUAAUAUGGUUAUUACAUUUCAAAAUUUGUUAAAUUUAUAUUAGGUUGAACCUCUUAAACCUCUUCAGUUUGUUAAUUUGCUUAAUUUAAUAUUUUCAUUCUCAUUGGUACUAGUAUUCAGAAUGUGAUUAUACAAAAAAAAAACACAAUCCUGUCUCUAAGUGAAAUUUAAUAAUAAAAAAAAAAACAUACUCUAGUGUAAAUUUAUACUUUUAUAUUGUCUAUUAAUAUUUUAACAGUGUUGUUUUUUCUGAAGAUUAUUUGUAAUAAUAUAUUGUAAAUCUCUUUACAAGUCAAUAACACAAAGUUUACUCUAAUAUGUUAAGAAAUAACUAUCAUUGUUAUAAAGAGUUGGCUUUUUUAGAAACAUUUUUAAGUCAAGUAACACAUUUACUGCAUCAACAGUAGUUACAAAGCUAAAGAGAUUAUGUAUAAAAAAUGCCAUUGCAAAGGUGAGUCAGUGUAUAUGUUUGUUCAUUAUAGUUCAAGUAAUUUAAAAUUUGACUUGAUUAUCAUUUUUAAUUCUUUGUGAAGGAAUUUUUUUAAAAAUAAUUAGUGGCUAGUUAUAGAAUCAAUAGCCAUGAGUAGAUUUGUUUAAUUUUGUUUUUCAUGUAAUUGUAGUUCCUGCAAUUUGUUUAUUAAUACAAUUUCCUCUUUUUUUAUUCAAAGUAAACUGUUAGCAAAGGUUUAGAAUAAAUUCCUAAAGAUAGAUUUUUCUGACUAAAUUAAGAUGUGCAUAACUAGUUACUUUUUUUUAGUUUAUUAUUAAUAUUGAUUAAAAAUGUUGAAAGUAAAACUACUCAUAAAGUGAGACUGCUGUUAAUUCUAAAUAAUUUUACUGAUUGAAAUAAGACUCGUUUAUAAGUAACUUUUUUAUUCUUUAAUUAUUAUAAAUAUUGAUAUUAAUGAUUAUUCUAUACUAUUUUGAUUGAAUUUUGAUAAUAAGCAUUUGAACUUAAUGUUAUAAGAAAUGUUAGAUGUUAUUUUAUAUUAGUAAACUAAAAAAAGUGACAACUCAAAAAAGAAUGUCAAUUACUAAUCUUAGAAAAUAUAACUUCAUUGAGCAUUAAUAAGAAUUUUAUACUUUUGUCAACUUUGAGGUAUAUUCAGUCAUAUGCAAAUAAGUAUAAUUCUUCACGGUCUUAACAUAUAAAGUAGUCAAAACUUUUUUUUAAUUGAAUUUAAAAGUGAUAAAUAAUUUCCACGGCAUUCUUUGGGAGCUUAGGUUAUAAUUUUACGCCUUACAGUCGAAUUGCGGCUCACAAGUGUGUGGUCCUGCCCCUCAGCUAAAAAUUUAUUGGAAAAAUUGAUUAUUAAUUACUAACCAACUUUUUAAACUAAUAGUGUAAAAAGUGUUAUCACAGUUUUUAACUAAAUUCAUUAACCUUUGAAAAAAUACUUUCAUAAUAACAUAGAAAAUUGAAAUAUAGAAGUACUAAUGCAUAUAAUAUAAAUCUCAUAACAUUUU